AUGCCUCGCGACGGAUCUGGAGCUGGUGACAACGCCAUUGAGGCUGGUCACAACAUUGUCCACGGUGAUGCUGGCGGUGUAAGUCUCGACAGAUAUUUCAAUCUUCGUCCUUCAAAGCUGACAUCCUCAACANNGGCCGCUUCCACCGGUGUCGACCGCAGCAACAAGGCUGCCCCCAUGCCCGAGGUCGAGAAGGGUGACAGCCUUGAGGGCAUGAACGCCUCUGGCGGUGGCCUUUCCGGCGCUACCCUCACCUCCACCGGCCAGGGCGGCAACAAGGAGCCCUUCGUUGAGAAGGAGGCUGAGAAGCACUCCUAA